CAGGCGAUUAUUUGUUCUACUCCCUGCUUCUAUCACAUCAUAGCGUAGCGUAGCGGAGAAGCAAUAGCUAGUACGUUGCAAGAAAUAGCGUUCUUCGCGCCGUUCUCGUCCUCGUCGUACCAUUUUUCCUCGGAACAGAAAGAUUGUUUGUCGCGAUUCAUCGUACCAUUCGCUUCUGAUACCAGCAAUGGCCGCUACGCUACUCUCGCUGACGCCACUCGCGCCCCGUGUCUCUUGCCCGACACGACGAGCCGCGUCGUCCUCUCCGCAGUUCACGGCGGCUGACAAGCUUCAAUGCUUACCGCGACGCGUCACCUCUGUGACAGUAGUUACCCAAAGGCGUGCAUUCGCGGUGCGAGCGUCUACGGACGAGACCGGCUCGUCUGAGACCUCUCAGGCCGAAGCUUCGCCGAAGACGCCGCCGGCAGCGCAACCGGCUUCGCCUCCUCCGCAACAAGGCCUGUUGAAGGGCCAAGUGACAGCCAUUGUCACAGGAGCCAUCUCCCUCAUCCUCGCUAUUGGCUACCUCGCUUUGGUGCAGCUGCUCGACUCCAGAGGGCUCCAGAUGCUACCUCCCCCACCAGAAGCCUUUGGCCCCUAGAAAACGAUACCAGUAUCCAAGUAUCAUGGAAAUUAUCCAAGUAUCAUGUUAUUGUUGGUACUGGUGGAAGUUCGUUCUGUGUUGAUCAAGUGUGCUGCAAUGCAAAUAUAACCCCCGAGAUAGGGACUGCUGUAGUGUGUAAUCACUAUCACUAAAGU